AUGCUCAUCCAACAAGUAACAGUCUGUGCUACUAUUACAGAGCAAACCAAUCACUUGACCAUGGCUUUACAACUAUUCAUCACUAUAUUCUGGAUGUCAUUAUUACUUGUCCGUGCAAAAGAUGAACAACGAACUGUACAAUGGCCGCUUGGCAUACUGCGACCUUACAAGCGACCAGUGGACACCUUUCACGACUACAUCGAACCUGAAGAACAUCAAGUUUUGUCUCGCUCAACUCACGACCUCUAUACCCCCAUGUGGAUGACGACAUUUGUAAAAAGGGCGGACGAGUCACAGCGAUUUCAAAGGAAUGAGGGUAUGUUGUCAGCACGUGUGGUUCUCGCUCUACUCUAUAUGCUUAUGAUCACUGUUGCUAUCGCCACCGCUGCUCCAAAUCGUAUUCUAAUGCGAUUCGGUAAGCGAACGGCCGAUCCUAUGCACUUCCGCCCCAUGGCACCUGCCGACUACUAUCCGCAAGAGCUGUUCGGCUCAUCACAUGCUGUGGAUGGCGAUAUGUAG